AUGCUGCUCGGACUCGACGCACAUCAUGUUACCACCCUAUGCAGCGGUCUCCGCGCGGCGGCGGCGUCUGGAUGGCUCCCCUUCGCCGACCUCAUCACCUUACAGCUCGCGUCGUUAGCCAUGUGCGUCAUCUGCCGCCAUGCGCAGAAGCCGGUGCUGGUGAACGUUGCCAAGCGGACACCGAAGACGCUCUGGUCGAUCGACCGCCCACGGAUAGCUCACGAAAGCACCGACAGCGCCGACGAGGGCGACGGUAGUGGGGGAGCGCCCGGCUUUGCCAGCCGUGUGCCUCGCCCGACCAUCGAAGCCAUCUCCUGGAUCCGCGCAUCGCCAUGCUCCGCUCUCCGCGACAAGCUUCCCUCAGAGGCGAAGCGGCUGACGUUCGGGAGCAACUUCAACCACACGUUGGUCGGUAUCCGCUGGCCCGAAGGGCUGGAGGAGAUCAGGUUUGGGUCCAAGUUCUCUCAGCCCGUCGCCGGAGUCGCGUGGCCGGCCUCCCUGCAACGACUUUUGUUCGGGCAGGCCUUCGACCAGUCGCUGGCGGACGCGACGUUUCCCGAAGGCCUUAAAGAAAUUUCCUUCGGCUCAAAGUUCAACCAGAGCUUGCUACCAGUACACAGCACGGACAAAGUCAAGGAAGGAGGGGUACGGUGGCCCUCGACGCUGGAACGCAUCGCCUUGGGAAGCUACCGUAGGAGCUUGACCGGAGUGUCGUGGCCGCCCGGACUCCUUGCUCUCGUGGUCACGGGCGAGUUCGACAUCCCUCUCGCCGGGAUAACGCUGCCGGGCAGCCUGGAGGAGUUGGAGAUCUCCUCGACCUUUAACCACCCAAUCGACGAGGUGGACUUUCCCCGGGGCUUAAAGACGCUGACGUUCGGGAACCAGUUCAACCAGGCCAUAGACAAGGUCAAGUUCCCGGCGGGGCUGGAAAGGCUGAGGCUCGGGCUGUCGUUUGAUCAGCCCGUGGCGCGGGUAGACUUUCCGGCGAGACUAUCGCAAUUCUCGAUCGACAGCAAAGUAUUCAACUACCCCGUGAGCGGGGUCUCAUGGCCAGAUUUCAUGACGGAUCUUCACUUCGGGGAUGGCUUCAACCAAGAAAUCAGCUCCGCGGCGUUGCCCCCACGAUUGGUUCGGUUAGCGUUAGGGGACCGCUUCAACAAGCCGGUCCUGGGCGUGGCUUGGCCUCCCGGGUUGCGUGACCUGUCGUUCGGCCACAACUUCAACCAGCCCGUCGUGGACGUCGUGUGGCCGUCGUCCCUCAGACGAUUGCGCUUCGGAGGGCGGUUCAAACAGUGUCUCUCCGGGGUAGACUGGCCUACCGGACUGGAGACGCUCGACCUCGGCCACUGCCACAUGACGUGGGGGUGCGGACCCAAGGAGGGAUACGAGAAUUGGUCACCACGGCUGGAGAUUAUCUCGCGGAAGCGCAUUAGCACCCUGGGAUGGCAGCGCAAGGAGGAAUGCCGCUAGUGUUUGUCUGAAAAAGUGCAUGAACAUGUGGUAGGGAGCUUGCUGUCUGUGCGUCUGUGCCCCAUCUUUUGUGGAGCGUUGAAUGUAGGGGCGUCUUAGGCACCAGGUUUGUCAUCGGUCUGCAUGCGCUGUUAUUCUGUACUCUCCGGUGGUGUUCAUGAUGUACGAAGUACUUUAAAACAGGGUUGCUUCGCACUUUUGCACGCGUUGUGCUCUCUAUGGGGACCGCUUUGGUGUUAUGACCACGACGACUUGUUGUACGGCAUGCGGCGGAUGCGGAGUUUUUUUUGGGGGGGUGGUGGUAGGUGGUUGACACAACAGUUUCCAAUGCGAAACCAACACACCCGCCCAUGGAAGAACUGGCUUGCCACGUGCCUACUGUAGACGUUUUCAAUUUAUUGUGCAUCUGGGCUGGGAGCGACGGUAG